AUGGUUCAAGUGACGAGCGCUGACAUGCCAGCGGAUAAGGAUAAGGAUGGGGACAAGAGCUUCCUGGAGCUGGUGCGCAGCUACUUUCGGUAUUAUUGUGACCGGUCUACAAUACACUGUGUGCGCUAUCUGUAUGACGUCCAGCUACAUAAUAUGGAGAGACUCAUCUGGGGCGUGCUGCUCGUCACUAGCGUAACGCUGUGCUGUUCCUUCUAUAUGCUGCUCUCAGAGCGCUAUGGUGCACAGAAGCUACAAACGGUUAUUGAGGACUCACAGUAUCCGGUGUUCCAUGUGCAGUUCCCAGCUGUUGGUGUCUGCACCGAAAAUCGCGUCAAUUGGAGCAAGCUGGAGGCCGCUAAGGCACAGUUUCUGCCCGCCAAUGCGAGCGAGGAUGUCGUUGAGGCCUUUGUCACGCUGGUCAAAUAUAUGACGAUGCUGAGAUUCGAUAAUUUUGAGUUUAGUACUUCCGAAAUGGAGGAUACAAACUUUGAGAUUGUGGAUUUCGUUUCGCUCAUUUCGUUGGCAAAUUUUCUGGUAUUGCGCUGUGAGGAUAUUCUGGUGCCGGACUCCUGUCAGUGGCGGCAGACGUCCUUUAACUGUUGCGACUACUUUCUGCUCGAGAAGACGGAGUAUGGCUUGUGCUUGGUGUUUAACUCGGAGCUAUCGUACCGCUCACAAAUGCUUGUUAAGCGCGAAGGCCCUGCCUUCUAUCCAAAACACAAUGCCAAGGCGGGUCAGAGCUCCGGUCUGAACUUCAAUUUAUUGCUUAACGACAGCUUCAAAAGCCCAGACUCGAGAGUCACGGACAAUGUUUUUAUCAUGAUCAAACCGCCCACCCAGAUGACGAACGUCGUCUACUCCAUUAGGCCCAACACAGAGACCCAUGUGGCGGUGCGACCUCAGAGGACGCGCACUGACUACAACACACGGAACAUACCGCCGAAGCGUCGCAAUUGCUAUUUCGAGGACGAGGAAAUUGACUUUGGCAUGAGUCGACUUAACAAGAGUGCCCUGAUCUCCAACUGCCGCACCAACUGUCAUGAGUCCUAUCUGGUCAGGCUGUGCAAUUGCUCGCUGCCCAUUUUCUUUGCGAGAAAUGAAAAAGUCAGGAACUGCACGGCCUCUAGCCUGCGCUGCAUUUCGCGUCACAAUGAUAUUUUCAGCUACGACAAACAUUUGGAGGAAGACAGUUACUUCACCGCUAGUAAGCCGGGCAUGAGCUGUCCCUGUCUGGUCAGCUGCGAUUUACUGGAGUACUUUACCUCCACCACCACGCUGCCCCUGUCCCCAAUGGAAUUGCCCGCGUCGUCAGCCCUAAAGGUUUUCAAGGUGGACGUGCACUAUCAGGUGGAUAUGAUGAUAACGUAUCGCACUAGCCUCGAGUUUACCAGCAUUGACUUGAUUGCUAAUCUUGGUGGCAUUUUUGGGCUCUGCCUAGGCGCUUCGAUGGUCAGCGGAGUUGAGCUAAUCUACUUCUUAACUGUGGGCUUUGCUGUGUACCUAUACGAUAACAAUUACUACGCCAUCCUACGUAAGAAUCUGCAAAAUAAAUGGACCAUGGGACUGCGUUACUUGCGUAACGAAGUGAGCCACACCCGCCAAGAGGCGCACCCUGCGGAUCCAAAGUUGAAGAGUAAACUGCGACAUCCGUUUAGUAGCAGAGCCAACGUCUGGUGA